AUGAAAUGUGAUUCAAACUACAUCUACCGGAAUUGCAAACCUCAACUUCACCUAUUAAGUCCAGACCCAGAAAAUAAGAAUGAUGAAAGCGAGAAGAAGAAAAAACAAAAAGAAAGUUUGACAGAUGACAGCACUGAUAGUGGAAGGAUUUUAGCCAGUGGGUUCUCAGAAAAUGGAGAAUAUUUUGCUAUCUGUGAUAACCAAAAACAGUUAACUGUGUGGAAUACAUCCACUGAAUGGACAAAGUUAAGUUCAAGGCCGGUAGUUAAACGAUGUACAGCGCUGGCUUUCUCUCACAAUGAAGAUAAUAUAAUUGUGUCUGAUAAAGCGGGAGAUGUCUAUAAAUUCUCAAUUCUAGAUCCUGACAAACCAGGAGAAUUGAUUCUGGGUCAUCUAUCAAUGGUUUUAGAUGUUAUUCUGUCUGAAGAUGAUCGGUUUGUAGUUACGGCAGACAGGGAUGAAAAGAUCAGAGUGAGUCAUUUUCCAAAUGGAUACAAUAUCCAUAGUUACUGUCUGGGGCACACAGAUUUUGUGAGUCGGUUGAAAAUUCUGUCGGGGAAUUCAUAUAUAUUGCUGUCAGGAGCAGGUGAUGGAACUAUCCGAGUAUGGAAUUACCUGGAGGGGACCCUUCUCAACACUCACCAUCUUUCAACCUCCGAAACUAAAAAGAUACCUGUAUCAUGUAUAGCAUGCAGUAAGAAAUCCGGCCUUGUGGCAGUUGUUGCUGAAGGGUAUCCGAUGGUGUGGAUACUUCAAGUCAUGCAGAGAGCUAAAAAAUGGACCAUCAAUGAAAUGUGUAAAUUAGAAACUAAUAACCCACCAUGGAAUGUCUAUUUCAAUGACGAUGAUAUCUUAUGGAUUUUUCAACCGUGUUCUCGCCAACAUGUACUUCUGUAUAACUAUGUCAACAAUGAUGGCACGAUUACUUUCAACGCAUUGAAUGAAGAAGAGUCAUGUAAAGUGUUUGCAUACCAACAAAUAAGCAGCGAUUGGGAGUUUUUUAAAGAAUACGUCCAAAUUGGAUCUUUCUACAGUCAUUUACAUAAGAAGACAUAUGAUAAUGUACAAGAUUAUCUUUCCAAAAAACAAGAAAGACUUAAAGCCAAGUCUGACAAAAGUGAAAUAGAUAAACCUCCAACAAAGAAAUGCAAAGUAGACGAGUAGAUAUUUUCACCUAAAAUGUUGUGAUUGUGAAAACAUUUCUACAGUCUCUGAUUUUGAAAAAAACCCACUAUUUAUACAUAUCAAUUUUUUGUUGUUCCUUCUAAUUCAAGAAGCCUGGCCACUUUUUGUAGAUAUGCUUAAUGAUUCACCCUGGAACAUGCAGCUGGUUUAAAAGCAAUUACUUGUAUGGUGAAAAAAAAUAUAAAAUAUAAAGU